UUCAAAGAAGCAUGGAGAUUAUUACGCAUAACCUAUACAAGAUCAAUAAAAUUGCCUGCUAGUGGAUCUCCAGCGAAAAAGUUAACUCAAAAAACUCAAAAUAUGAUAAAAGAAAUGGAUUUUAUAAGACUGUAUGUUAAUGCAAAAAAUAAUCAUGACCUACCGAGCAAUUUACCACCAUUGCCAUCUCCAGAGCAGCAAAAUGAUGAUGAAGAGGACAUCAUGCAAUCAGAACAGAAUUUAGAAGUAGUUGGUGAUGGUAUAAAUGAAAAUAAUGAUUUAAUUAUUCCACAGCCUACAACAGAUUCGUUAGUAAAAAAGAAGAAAAACACUUCCAAUACUGAUGAUGUUGAAAAAUGUGUUAUGGAAUACAUUAAAAAAAAAGGACAACCUAAAGCUGAAGAAAGUCCAAAAAAAUUAUUUCUUUUAAGUCUAUUACCGGAUUUAGAGUUGAUGAAUGAUCGUCAAAUGAGGCGUUUCAGAACAAAAGUUAGUGAACUAAUAGAUGAAAUAUUAUCUCCAGUAGAUGAAGCUCUUAGUAUUUCAUCUACUCCUUCUUCAAGCCAAAACACAUUUUCAUCGACUUCGGCAAGUGCAUCAGAGCAAAUACCCUCAGUGAAUUGGUAUACUGAAGAUGGUCAGUAUGCGUGA